AUGCAUAAAUUGUUACUCAUUACAAAGUCUAAGGCUAAAACUCUACGUUUUGCUGAUACAAAUCCACAUAUUAUUGCUAUAACUGAAACAUGGCUAAAACCAUUACAAGAUAACUCUUUACUUAACUUAGAUAACUUUACAGUCUUCAGAAGAGAUAGAGGUUUAAUUCAUGCUGAAAAUGGUUGCUUCAUUAAGGGUGGUGGUGUUGCAUGUUUUGUCCAUAAGUCACUAAAAGCCAAAGUUAUUUAUGUACCCUGUACAGAUAAUAUAAAUCAGCCUGAAUAUUUAAUUUUCGACGUCAUAUUAACGUCAGGAGACUUAAAUUUUGAUCUAUUAGAAACCUCUGAAACACCGAAUCAUUUACAAUCAUUUAUCUCGGAAUUAUCGUUAUACUGUGUUCCGUUCAAUGCUACUCAUCAUUCAAAUAACGAAGAUUCGUCGUUAGAUGUUAUUAUUCUUGAUAAUCAAUCUAAAAUGGCUUAUUAUCGCAAAUCAAAUCAACCCUUUAUAAAUGGACAUGAUUACCUUUUAUGCUAUUACACUUUUGAUAUCUUGAAUCCCUCUGCGAAAGUUGUAACCUAUAGGGACUUUUCUAAAACUAGUAAUGAAGCCUUAUGUAAUACCCUGAUGCAAUCUCUUAAAAUUGAUAGAGAACUCUUGAAUAACUCUGAUUCCAAUUAUUUAGCUAGCUUAUUUCAUACCACAGUUACUUCAACUCUUGAUGAAUUUGCACCUUUUCGUUCUCACAAAAUUAUUCAUGCUCCUAAUCCUUGGGAUAAAAAAAAACUGAAAGCUAAGUGCAAAGCACGUGAUUAUUUAUAUAAACGUGCUAAAAGAAAUUGCAAUAAAGACCUAUUAAAUCUUUUUGAAAUUAAGAGAACGGAAUUAAAAAUCGAACUAACUAGGGCCCGUGAAAAUUACUUAUGUAACACACUAAGUAAUAUUCCAUCAGGAUCUAACGUGUGGGGUAAACUUAAGCAUUUGGGAUUAGUUAAAGGUUCAACUUUCUCGCCCUUAGAUUUUUUUGACCCAAGAGAAUUAAACAGACAUUUUGCAAAAAUAGUUAGACAGAAUCCUCCUUGUAAUGAAGCAACUUUUGAUGGAAUUAAAUCAUCUCAUAGUAGUCUCAUAGCGAUCUUUCUUACAGAGCUCUUUAAUAGAUCUCUUAAUACUCGUAUCUUCCCUCAAGCUUGGAAGGCAGUUUACAUAUUACCACUGAAUAAGAUUUCUCCACCGCGUUCUCUCUCUGAUGCUCGACCCAUAGCUAAUACGUCACAUUUAAGUAAGGUUUUUGAGAGAAUCAUUGCUAAUCAAGUAGUUGCAUACCUUGAGGAUAAUAAUCUUUUAGAUAAAUACCAAUCAGGGUUCCGAAAACAUCAUAGUACGCAAUCUGCUCUACUAAAACUUAUUAAUGAUAUUGCUAGAGCCAUGGAUAAUAAUCAGUUAACGCUAAUAGUUUUUUUUUAUUUGACCAAAGCUUUUGAUUAUGUUGAUCAUAAAAUCACCUUGAAAACUUUAAUUGAAUUAGGCUUUACCCUAGAGACAGUUAAGUGGUUCUUAUCUUAUUUAUCAAAUAGAACUCAAUCUGUACUUAACGAAGAUGGUAAACCAGUUGGGUUUGAAGAUACAACUUCUGGAGCUCCUCAAGGUUCUGUUCUUGGUCCCAUAUUAUCUCUACUUGUUAUGAACUCUGCGGCAAAACGACUUGCUUAUAGUAGUCAUGGUUUAUUUGCUGACGACAAAUAUAUCUAUUUACAAUGUUACAGUUAUCAAAUUCAUGAAGCUACUAGGCAAUUGAACUUAGAUGCUCAAGCAGUAGUAAAUUGGGCUAGAGAUGAUGGGUUAGAAGUAAAUUUACUAAAAACCAAAGCAAUGGUAUUAGGUUUAAAUAAUAAGGUAAAAUCUCUUCUACGUGAAGGUAUUCCACAGCUCGAAAUUGAUGGUGUAGCUCUCCCUCAUGUGGAAUCAACCAAGUGCCUUAGACUUCACCUAAUACGUGAAUUGGGAUGGCUGUCAAUUAAGAGUCGUCGAAUUUAUUAUACUUCUUGCUAUUUUUAUAAACUAUUAGAAAUUGGUAAACCCUGUUAUUUGCAUGAGUUAUUCCAAGAAGAUCUUAAUGUAAGACGCUCUGAACGACUAGCAGCAAAGAAAAAUAAUAUCCUCUUUAAAUUACUGAACUUCAGUACAACUCAAUAUGAAUCUUCCUUCGUUAUCACAGUGAUACGACUAUGA